AUGUCUACAAUAAGUGAAAAUGAUCCUAUUAGUACGGAACCUAAUACUGUAGAAUUUUCAAAGGAAGAUGUCUCUGAAUCAAAUUUACUUGGAGUAGCGCGAAUUAAUAUUGUAAAUGUUAAAAAUCUCAAUAGUGAUACUUUAGAUGUAAGAAUUACUUGUUUAGAGAGUGGUAAUAAAUAUAGCAAAACUCAUGUCUGCGAAAACAUCAAUUCAAAGUGGAAUCAAGUCUUUUAUAUUCCAAUUUAUAAUAUUGAUAAAAAAUUAAAGAUUCGAGUUUGUGGUGAUAUUGCUUUCUUUAAGUCUAUAAGUUUGGGAUCUUAUAUCUUUAAUCCAAAAAACUUCAUUGAAGGAAAGAAAUUGGAUCUUGAACAUGAUUUAAUAAAACCAAAAAAUAGUAUACUACCCAGACCUAAUAAAGGAAAUCUCCGUUUUGAUGCCGAUUUCUAUUCCUUUUCUAAUCGUGAAUUUACAACAAAAACAACAAAAUUUUCUAAAACUAUUAUUUUCUUUUAUAGUUUAUGUAAUUUGAUAACUCAAAAUGAUAGUGUCAAACUAGACAAAUUAGUAAUCUUAUUUAAUUUUAAUUCCGAAAAGGAAUUAAAGGAAUUGAUAAAAACAUUUGUUGAUACUAUUAAUGAUGAAAAAGUAAAAACUAUUUCUGAUAAUAUAUUAAUUGCAGCACUCUUUAAAGCUUCAUUAUGGAACGAGAAAGAUUAUGUGCCUUAUAUGAAUCACGUGAUGUGGAAUUCAUAUAAUAUAUAUGAAAAUUAUUUGAAAACAAUCGAUAAAGACAUUGAAGAACGAUUAUAUAAUUUGGCCAAAAAAUUUAUCAUCAAACACUUUAAAACCAGUGAAUCUUCUUGGGUCAGUUGGGUUGGCGAAGCAAUACAAUCUGCAACCAUAGACGUAUCUCAAUCAACAAAAAUUAAAAAAUCUAAACUUAUCAAAAAAUUUGCUGUAAAAUUUGCUGAAGAAUUUGUUAUUAAAUUCACUGAUCUUGUUAGGCUUAAAUUAAAGCCUGAAAGUGCUAAGAAGCUUGUUUCAUAUAAAGUCGACGUUACUAUUGGAUCAUUGCAUGAACAAACCAAGGAUUCUUUGGGUAAAAAUACAACCGAUACUGUAGUUUCUACGCUAAUUAAUCUUAAAUCAGAAACCACGAUCGUCGAAAACCAAAAACCCGAUGGUUCUAUUAAAUUAGACAAAACCGUUUCCGAUCAAAUUAACAUCUCUUCUGAUAACAUAAAAUCCUCAAUUCAAACUUAUGGUGUUAGCGAUAAAUUAAAAUCACUCCCAAAGAACGUAUGGGAGACAGCCUUAUCACUCCGUUACUUAAAUAUUACCUCUCAAUCUCAAGAUCAACAUAAAGAACAAUUUGAAAAAGCCAAGAAGUACCUUAUUGAGGAACUCAAAGAUGAAAAAUUAGUAGAAGAGAUAUUAACAACGUCGGAAAAGAUUAUUGUUGAUCAAAGUGUCAAAAAAGGAAAGGAAGAUGCCGUUUCCACUAUCAAAAGCUCUACCACAACCGAAAAAGCAAAACAAAUAGUAUCAUCCCAAAAAGAAGAUGGAUCCUUAGAACUCCCUGACACCAUUUCUAAGGCGCUUGAUGUUGAAUCUAAUGAAUCAUUAGUUUCAUCUACUAAAACUUAUUUCAUCGGUAAAGGAACAAAAGCACCAGAGAACAAAAAAGUAAUAGAUACAGCUAUAACCUUAUCCUUCCUCAGAAAAACAUCAUCUACUGACGCUUCACCAGAAUUGAAAGAAAAAGUUGCAAAAGCAGAAAAAUAUUUGAAGACUGAAUUAGGAAGUGAAGAAAAAAUUAAAGAAUUAUUAGAAAAAACCGAUACAGUUGUUGUCGAUCAUGCAGCCAAGAAAGUAAUCAAAGAAAAAGCGGAACAAACGAUUGUCCAAGAAAUUCAAGAAACUGUAACUGAAGAAGAGAUCACAAAAAUUAUUGAAAUUCAAAAUGAAGAGGGUUCAUAUGAUAAAAUAUCUGACCAGAUUACCGAAAAACUUGGAGAAAUCACAACUGAAAAUAUUUCAUCCUCCGUCCGUAUUACUGAUGAACGUGUCAAAAACUUAGAUACCAAAGUAUGGGAUACAUUUAUAACAAUUGCUUAUUGCAAUAAAAUGUUAGGAAAACAUCAAUCAAAAAUGACGACUCAAAAGGAAAGAGCCCUCGCUUGGUUGCGUACUCAAAUCAAGGAUGAAAAAUUAGAAAAAGAAAUUUUAGAAUCCUGUGAGAAAUUAGUAGUUGAGAAAGCUUUUAAUAAAAAGAAAGAAUCUAUUUUGUCUUCUUUGUCUAGUUGGGGAUCUGAUACAGCUAAAUCCACCGAAGAAGUAAUACAUGAUGCAUUAUCACGCCAAAGGGAGGAUGGAUCUCUACAACUUUCUGAUACUGUUUCUAAAGAACUUAAAUUUGAGUCGACUGAUUCAUUGGUAUCUCAUGUUGAACGUUGUCUCAAAUACGAAGGAGAUGAAGUGCCAAAGAACCAAUAUUUACGAGAGAAUAAACAGUUACUGCAUACUGCUAUAAUUUUAUACUUCCUAAAAACGAAACAUAUUCCACCAGAAUUAAAGGGAAAAUAUGAAAAAGCAGUGAAAUAUUUAAGAAUUGAAUUAGAAAGUGAUAAUUCCGAAAAAGUAAUGGAUAGAAUCAGUAUGAUCAUUAAUAUUGUACGUGCAAUGAAAGAAGCAGAGGAAAAAGGGUUAGUAAAUAGAGUAUUGACCGAUACAGCUAAAUCCACCGAUACUGUUUCUAAAGAACUUUCGACUGAUUCAUUGGUAUCUCAUGUUGAACGUUGUCUCAAAUUCGAAGGAGAUAAAGUGCCAAAGAACCAAUGUUUACGAGAUAAUAAACAGUUACUGCAUACUGCUAUAAUUUUGUACUUCCUAAAAACGACUAAUAUUCCACCAGAAUUAAAGGAAAAAUAUGAAAAAGCAGUGGAAUAUUUAAGAACUGAAUUAGGAAGUGAUUCCGAAAAAGUAAUGAAUAUCAGUAUGAUCAUUAAUACUGUAUGCGCAAUGAAAGAAGAGGAAAAGGCUAAAGUAUUGACCGAUACAGCUAAAUUCACCGAAGAAGUAAUACGUGAUGCAUUAUCAUGUCAAAGGGUUAAUGGAUCUCUACAAUUUUCUGAUACUGUUUCUAAAAAACUUAAAUUUGAGUCAUUGGUAUCUCAUGUUGAACGUUGUCUCGAAUCCGAAGGAGAUAAAGUGCCAAAGAACCAAUGUUUACGAGAUAAUAAACAGUUACUACAUACUGCUAUAAUUUUUAACUUCCUAGAAACGAAACAUAUUCCACCAGAAUUAAAGGAAAAAUAUGAAAAAGCAGUGAAAUAUUUAAUAACUGAAUUAGAAAGUGAUUUCAAAAAAGUAACGGAUAGAAUCAAUAUAAUCAUUAAUACUGCAACGAAAGAAGUAGAGGAAAAAGAGUUAGUAACUAAAGUAUUGACCGAUAUAGCUAAAUUCACCAAAGAAGUAAUACAUGAUGCAUUAUCAUGCCAAAGGAAUGAUGGAUCUCUACAACUUUCUGAUACUGUUUCUAAAGAACUUAAAUUUGAGUCAUUGGUACUUCACGUUACAAGUUGUCUCGAAUCCGAAGGAGAUAAAAUGCACCUAUAUUUACGAAAUGAACAGUUAAUGCAUACUGCUAUAAUUUUAAACUUCCUAAAAACGACUCAUAUUCAACCAGAAUUAAAGGAAAAAUAUGAAAAAGCAAUGGAAUAUUUAAAAACUAAAUUAGGAAGUGAUUUCGAAGAAGUAAUGAAUAUAAUCAGUAUGAUGAUUAUGAUCAUUAAUACUGUACGUACAAUGAAAGAAGCAGAGGGAAAAGGAAUUAAUUUAAAAGCAAGGCGGAUGCAAAAUGUAUUAAAUUCUCAAAGAGUGAAAUUAAUUUUUAUUAAAUAA